AUGGAGGACGGCACAAUCAGAGCUACAUCAGAGCCGAACGCGGAAAAGGCUAUCGUAAAGGGCAAACUGCCACUUUACCCCUAUCUCGAAGAGGAAGACAACCCGAAGGCCAUCUGGCUCGAAGAAAGGCUCAAACAUCUGGAAGAUCUCCUGCAACAUACACUCGAAAAGAAUGGCCUUCCAGAAGUCGGCCCAGCAGAUAAGGCUCACACGCCAUUCCGUAUUUUGGAUCUGGACACCAAUGAGGAAACUCAAUCGAACCUUCAUCGUUCAAGCACAAGGGGGGUGACGUUUAGUCCGCAAGGCCAACAGGGUACUUUCGUGGGAAAUAAUUUUGUUGACAGUGACUUGGGCUUGCCUCAGUCUCCCAGUCACGACCAGGUAUUGGGCGAGACCACGCUGGUUCACGAACCACCUGGCCUUCCUGCGCAGCCUUCGCUCACCUGGAAAGGGAGUCUGGAGCUUGGGCCAUUCUCCUUGCCAUCAUUUCACGAGCUUCCUGCCGAACCAGUUGCUCUCGAAUUGGUGAAGGAAACCUUCAGGAACUUCAACUGCUAUUUUCCGCUGUUCGAUGAGGAGGACUUUCUUCAACAAUUUCAGCACCAGUACUCACAAACAAGCCCUAGCAACCCGGCCUGGUGGGCCUGCAUCAACGUCGUCCUCUCGCUGGCAUAUCGAUUCCGCGCGAUGCAAGCCCUGCAAACAGCAUAUGAAAAUACUCAGUCUUGUGGGUAUAUCCAUAACGCGCUUGCAGUGGUCUCGGAGCUUAGUGUAUUACGCCACAGCCUGCCCGCAAUUCAAGCACUUGUGGGCAUGGCCAUUAUUCUCCAAGGAACACCCAACCCACAGGCGUCCUCAGUACUCAAUUCGGCUGCAUUGAGACUCGCUCAAGCGAUGGGCUUGCAUAGGAAGACACAAGAUCGGAUUUUCUCUGUGAGACAGAUUGAGCAGCGAAAACGGGUGUUUUGGAUCGCUUACUUCCUCGACAAAGAUAUCAGUCUCCGUAUGGGUCAGCCCUUUGCUCAAGAUGAUGACGAUAUGGACAUCGAAUUACCUACAGAAACUCUUACUGACCUAACACUCAUCGGUCUCGGAGACGAAUUCCGGAAAUUCAACUUCUUCAACUCCCGAAUCGGACUCGCGGUAAUACAGGGACAAAUCUACAAAAGAUUGUACUCCGUUCAAGCAUCAAGACAAUCCGAGGCGCAGAAAGCGGCGGUAGCUUAUGAGUUGAAUUCUGUGCUGGCUUACUGGAGAAGCAGUGUGCCAGUUGACUUUGAAGACAACCUUGUGGCGCCGCUCCAGACUCCUCUUUCGAUCGGGUUCAUUCAUAUGCUUAUUUUACGUUUCACUUAUAUCAAUUGUCUUGUCAUGAUCGAUCGACAUUUACCGCCACUUGAUUCCACAUCGCCAAACCCACGCCCUGAAUUGACAGAAUCAUUCAUGUUCGCAGAAAGCCUCUGCAUAGUUGAAUCGCGGAAGUCAAUCCGCUUGAUCCAGAUCACGCCACCGGGUGAUUACGCCUGUGUCUGGAUUCUGCUUCACUCUUUCUUUGCGGCUGUUGAAGGUCUUCUCAACAAUCUGCUCCGUCACCCUGGGUCCCCACAGGCAUCUUCCGACCUUAAUAUCGUGGAGCCAUUCAUUCGGCUGCUUGAAAUUUUGGCUGGGAAUAAGAGGCAGUGCGCGCAGUCUGAGGAGGCAGAACAGAUGUAUCGUCUCUGCACCGAGUUGAGGAGUCGAGCAAGAGAGGCUGUUGAGCAAUCCAACAUGAGCCUGGAAUUUGGUUUAAUGUCGGAUCUUGAGCAGUGA